AUGGCCUCUGCCAAAGAAAAUGGCGUGGAUGAAAUAACGGUGGACAUUAAAGAAGAGGACUGUGAGUGGCUCACACCAGAGGAUGUGCGUGUGAAGCUGGAGGAUCACGAAGAAAGAAUUUCAGUUUUUAAAGAGGAGGAAGAGUGCAAGGGGGUGACUGCUGCCAUUAAAGCUGAGGAUUUGAAUGAUUUCUCCAUUGGUCUUGAACUUCAAAAGCAUGAAACUGAGGAUAUUUUCAAGCAAGAUGCCUGUGAAGAAUCUCCAUCCAGUUUACAGCCCUGGUCCACUAAUACGGGACGACUGGCAACACUGGAGAAUUCUGCAGAGCUGAAAUCAGAGUUAUCGGAGUCUGAAGAGAAAAUCACUGAGGGAAAUGAGAGAGCAGGAGAAGAGUCACCUGGGAGUGUUGGAAUAAAUUUACAGAAGAAUGGCAGCUUCUCUCCAUCUUCAUUUGAUCAGUCCUCUCUUCAAUACAAUGAGAAUGGUAUAAUGAAAUCAGCAGUGGGAUCAGAGAUCCUGACAGCAGUCUUUUGGCAGUGCAGUUCUCUCCUUGCUGCUGAAGCAACACAGACAGAAGCCAUCAAAACUGAUCGACAGCAAGUGGAGGAAGAAAUCCAGAUUCACACUGGAAAAAAAUGUUUGGAAUGUGGCAAGCAAUUCACACAGAAAAGUGAUCUUAAUAAGCACAUGAAGAUUCACACAGGAGAAAAACCUCAUUGUUGUCUAGAAUGUGGUAAGUCGUUCUCAAGGAGAAGUAGUCUUCAGAGACACAGAAGAAUACACACUGGAGAAAAACCUCAUUGCUGUCCAGAAUGUGGUAAAUCGUUUUCAUGGAGAAGUGAACUUCAGCGGCACAAAAAAAUUCACACAGGAGACAAACCUCAUUGUUGUUCAGAAUGUGGUAAGUCCUUCAUAAGGGGAAGCCAUCUUCAGAGGCACAGAAGUAUCCACACAGGAGAAAAACCUCAUUGUUGUCCAGUAUGUGGUAUGUUGUUCUCAAGCAGAAGUGAUCUUCAGAACCACAGAAGAAUCCACACAGGAGAAAAACCUCAUUGUUGUCCAGAAUGUGGUAAGUUGUUCUCAUGGAGAAGCUGUCUUCAGAGACACAGAAGAAUACACACUGGAGAAAAACCUCAUUGUUGUCCAGUAUGUGGUAUGUUGUUCUCAAACAGAAGCGAUCUUCAGAACCACAGAAGAAUCCACACAGGAGAAAAACCUCAUUGUUGUCCAGAAUGUGGUAAGUUGUUCUCAUGGAGAAGCUGUCUUCAGAGACACAGAAGAAUACACACUGGAGAUAAACCUCAUUGCUGUCAACAAUGUGAUAAUUGGUUCUCAAGCAGAAGCGAUCUUCAGAAACACAGAAGAAUCCACACAGGAGAAAAACCUCAUUGCUGUUCAGAAUGUGGUAAACGAUUCUCACGUUCAACCGCACUUAGGUGCCACAGGAGGAUCCACACUGGAGAGAAGCAGUACACCUGUUCUGAAUGUGGUAAAGGGUACUCUUGCAGAAAAAGUUUUCUGAGACACACGCAAAGUCACAUUGGAGUAAACCCUGUCCCAGAAAUGUCAAAUGAUCUUUGCAAUGGCUCCUCAAGCAAAAAAAAUGAAGGAAUAUCUUCUGAAUGAGGUAAAGGACUCUAGUUGAAAGUAGGUAAUAAAUACAUAAGAGUAGUGGAGAAAACACGGAAAGUGGCAAACAGAUCCUAGAUAUAAGGUAACCUUAGAGCCACAUAUGAAUUCACACUGGAAUGAACACACUGAAAUAUAACAAACAUAUUUCACAAACGGCAAGAAUCUUCUUCAACAACUUAUAGGUGCAAGAAAAAAACCUUGUUGUCCUAUGUGUGGUUAACGCUUUUCAGACAGCAGUGGCCUUCAUAGUCAUAAAUGACUGUCCUACUUGUGGUAAGCCUCUUAGCUGUUCUGAAUGUUGAAAGAUUUCAUGAAGGAAUCAGAAACUCUAUUGCCAGGACAUCAGCCACACAGGGAUUGAUCAUCUCUACAUCAAUGCUGUGACAUAAGAUGGUGAACAAUACAAACACCAGACAACAGAAUGACGUAGCAACAGUACUGUGUGGUGAUAACAACUUCAACCACAGAACACAACUGAAAAAGUUCAAUCUAUAUAUAUAAAGGAGAGUUGGGAUCCGUGUGGCUGUGUUUGUGUGUUUGUGGAGGGACGGAGAGUUAAGGCGGGUGUUCGAGUCACGUGAUCAUCUCCCCUCCCAUUCACCUCAUU